UUUGUGUAAUUAUUUAUAAAGGUUUUAAUUUAUAAUGUGAGUAUAUUUAGCAGAAAACCGUUAAAAAAAGCAAAAUACGAGAAAUCUAAACUCGAGGAAUGAUUCAUACUUCGCGCGCUCCAAGAGUCACGUGACCUGGCCUUGAUACGCGACUGGAGAGGAACUCCUUUGCUUUGCAAAGUUGAUUUGAGAUACAAAAUAAAAAUGGUGGUUACGGAUCUCUACGUUGGCUAAAUUCCUAACGAAAAUCACCGAAACCCUCGCGGUUGUGAAGAAAUCGCCAGAAUUAGUGAGAAAAUAUGUAGUGCAAAGUGUCAUUAGGUACGUAAAUAUAAUCGAAAAGUGUGUAUGAAGACGUGUUAUGGGCGGAUUUCGAGACCAUUUGGAUUGUUUAUUAUGUUUGGCAUUGCGCGGAAUUGUGUGGUAAAUUAGAUAAAUUAAUUAUUUGAAUUAGUCCAUUGACGUUGAACGGUUCGUCUGCUCCAAACUCAUUAAAUACUACAGUACAGUGUCCCGGUAAGAAAUGAAGGAUAGAUGCAACAUGUGACCCUGUUUGACAUUUGUGCAUUCAUCAUCCCCCUUGACGUUCAUUUGUUUUAACCAAAUGUAGUCUGAUCGGUCGAUAAGGGGUCUUUAUUGGUUUUGGAAAAAAAGUGAUACAUAAAAGUGGCAGGAAAUAUGAUUAAUCGAUACGAGAAACCUGUUGGAAAGUAGAGAAUGUGUCCUCAUAGAAGCAUGAUGAGUGGUAAACCCAUAACCAAACUGAAAUAUUUCACAAUAGACUGAAAAUUUCCCUGACGACAUGUGUAAUAUUUGCCAAACUUCUUCACCAAAAGUUCCAAGUCAAAGAUCAUGAUGCAUAGCACAGAAAAUAAUAGAUACAUCGUUCAGGUGUAUGUAGGAGCUCUAUCAGCUCUCUAUGAGGCACUGUCAGUUGAAGCUAGCAAGCAAACAACAUCAGAAGAGAUAGUUUCUUGUAUAGUUGAGAGGCUAUCUUUAAAUGACAAUGCUUCCUAUGAGUUAGCUGAGGUAAUAGGAGAUGAUUUUGGCCAGGAGUGUAAGGAGAGGAGCUUGUCUGCUCAUGAAAGUCCAGUGCAACUUAUGAUGCUGUGGCCAAAACACAGACCAGAUCAUUCCUCUUAUAGAUUUUAUUUAAGGGAGAAGGUGAAUGAUUAUGUGUGGAGAGACCAGUUUGUGAUGGACCCCCAACUUAUUAAAGACUACUUCCAUAGGUUCCUUUAUCAGCCGAAAGAUAGAGAAUAUCCAGAUCUAUGCCAACUGCCUGAUCUUAAUGAACAAACCUUACUGGAUAACCUCAGAGCUAGAUUCGUAGCUGGACAUAUUUAUACUUAUGUAGGAUCUAUCUUAAUAGCAUUAAAUCCGUUUAAAUUUUAUCCCAUUUACAAUCCGAAGUAUGUGAAACUGUAUCAAAACAGAAGAUUAGGACCUAAUUUACCUCCUCACAUAUUCGCAGUGGCUGAUACUGCUUAUCACUGCAUGUUAAAAGACAGAAAAAAUCAGUGCAUAGUUAUUAGUGGAGAAAGUGGUUCGGGAAAGACUGAAAGUACUAAUUUUUUAUUGCAUCACUUGACAGCAUUAAGCCAGAAGGGAUCGCACGGUAGUGGAGUGGAACAGACUAUACUUAGUGCCGGGCCUGUGUUAGAAGCUUUUGGGAAUGCUAAGACUGCUCAUAAUAACAAUUCGAGUCGAUUUGGAAAGUUCAUUCAAGUCAACUACAAGGAAAAUGGCAUGGUCCACGGCGCUGUGGUUCAGAAGUACCUUCUGGAAAAAUCUAGGAUAUGCUCGCAAGGACGAUACGAAAGGAACUACCACGUGUUUUAUUAUUUAUUAGAAGGCGCAAAUGAACAAGAAAAGCAACAGCUCCACCUCAAACGUCCCGACCAAUACUAUUACCUCAACAAAUCGUGCAGUGCCUUGGAUAAUACGGACGAAAGCUACGAAUUUUCCAGAUUAAAGCAGUCCAUGGAAAUGGUGGGUUUUACCACUGAAAAACAAAGGAGGCUUUUCUCGGUACUAUCGGCCGUGUUGUUGCUCGGCAAUGUUGAGUUUCAACCAAGAAAAUCGGCGUACCACCAUGACGAGGCGGUUGGUGUCAAGAAUCCGGAGGUUGUAGCUUUAAUAUCGGAGUUGCUCAGAGUUAAACAAGAAACCCUAAUGCAAGCAUUAACCGCCAAACGAGCCCGUGCCUCAGGGGAAACCCUCGUGAUCAACUACCGGCUCCCCGAAGCCAUCGCCUCUCGAGACGCAAUGGCUAAAUGCCUCUACGGCGCGCUCUUUGACUGGAUCGUUCUCCAAGUCAACCACGCUCUCUUAGCCAAGAAGGACACUCUUCGGGAACACCAGGGUAACUCGAUAGGCGUCUUGGACAUUUUCGGGUUCGAGGAUUUUGGACUGAACAAUAGUUUUGAACAAUUGUGCAUAAACUACGCCAACGAACAUCUUCAGUAUUACUUCAAUCAGCACGUUUUCAAGUAUGAGCAGGAAGAGUAUAGGAAAGAGUGUAUUAGGUGGACGAAUAUAGAGUUUAUGGACAAUACAGGGUGUUUGCAGUUGAUAGAAGGCAAACCAAAUGGGCUAAUUUUUCUGUUGGACGAUCAGUGCAACUUUCCUGGAGCGACGAACGAAACUUUACUCCAAAAGUUUAACACCGUUCACAAAGAGAACAAAUUCUACCAGAAACCGCAGAAGAAAGAGGGCGCCUUCAUAAUAGUCCACUACGCGGGAAAAGUGAAGUACCAAGUGAUGGACAUGCGGGAGAAGAACCUCGACCUGAUGCGACAAGAUAUCGUAGGAGUUCUAAAAAACAGUUCCAUGGCCUUUGUCCGAGAACUGGUAGGGGCCGAUCCCGUUGCAGUGUUUAGGUGGGCUAUUGUCAGAGCCUUUUUUAGAGCCUAUUUUGCCUUUCACGAAGCGGGAAGGAAGCACAGGCAAGGGAGAGUGGACGGGAAUAAAAAUAACAUCCAGCAGAGGUAUUCGAGGAAUCAUAUACCGAAUGAAAAUCUCAUCAGUAAACAACGAAACACCAUCUCAUUUAAUCGACUGGGUAGAAACUUAGACAACGAAUCAUCGAACAACCGACUCUCUUGGCCGCAGUUGUACCAACGAAACAGACACAGCCCUAGCAGCAACAAAAACAAUGACGACGACAGAAGAAGAAAGGAUUCGUUGACGGGGAGUCCCAGCUCUUCUGUGGGACUAGAAAGGUUGGCUCCCGACGACGCUAGAGCUAUACAGCGGGCGAAUCAGAUUGUUAUGAAGAACAAAUCAUUCCGGCCGCGCGAACGCAGCAAGAAGGGACUGAAGAACCUCCAAACGGUCAAAACGUUGGUGGGUAGAACCGGCAUCACUGCUCAACCUCAAGGCCAGUUAGGGAAGGCGAGGAAACAACCGAUGACGGUUACAGCUCAAUUUCAACAAAGCCUCCAUUCGCUCAUGGAUACGCUCAAUCAAGCGAAUCCCUUUUUUAUUAGGUGUAUCAAAUCAAAUGGCAAUAAAAUUCCUAACACAUUCGACGAACAAACAGUACAAAGACAACUACGCUACACCGGUAUGCUCGAAACCGUUCGUAUCCGACAAGCCGGCUUUAAUGUUCGUUUGACCUACGAUGAAUUCAUCCAGCUCUAUAGGAUUCUCCUUCCCAAAGGUCUUUUGAGCUCUCAACACGACGUACGGGACUUCCUGGCUACUCUUAACCUCGAUAGGGAUAAUUAUCAGUUGGGAAGCACGAAGGUUUUUAUGAGAGAGAGUGAGAAGUAUAAACUGGAUUGCAAACUACAUCAACAAAUUAUGGCUAGUAUAGUGACGUUACAACGAUGGUUUAGAGCACGUUUGGAGAGAAGACGGUUUUUGAGGAUUAAGACUGCUGUGAUAACUCUUCAGUCGUACUGCAGGAUGUUCUUGGUUCAAAAAUAUAUUAGAAGACUUCAAGCAACACUGAAGAUACAAAAACAUUGGAGAGGUUACAAAUCUAGAAGUUGGUUACAAAAGUUAAAGACAACACUAGUUAUAUUCCAAGCUCAUUGUAGAGGUUGUAAAGUUCGGAAAAUGAUAUGUGAAAUGAAGAUAAAAGGGGGCAUACCGCCAAGGAGAACUCAGAUUGUUAGUGCACUUCCUGCUCACCUCCAAAUAAAACAUGGAAGCUCAGAUGAGGCAUUCAUUAGUAAAGAUUCUAGUCUUGAAGAAGUACGUACAGAUCAAAUCGAUAGAAAACUGUUGGAUUCUGAUGAGAGCAGUGGUAUACCUGAGGACGACAUUGAUACUACUUCGCACGGAAAAAUAAGUUUAAGGUCGACCGUUUCACUACCGAGCGUGUCAACUCAACAACCUGCUUAUUAUCAUCAUUAUCUCAAUAACUCGGGAAAUUACAGGUAUGAAGACUUAAAACCGGAAAAGAUAACUUUAGACGUGAUACGAAAGAAGACUCCCAAAUCGCACCAAACUAUCGAUUAUUCUGAUUUGGAUUACACUCCUCAACGGAAAGGCAGUGGAGAUUCGUUAAGUUCCCAAAGGAGCCUGGAGUCCCAGCAGAGUUCUGAUUCUCAUUCAAGCGUAACAGUCCGAGAACUUCACAAACAGGAACAACCUCUACUGGACAAACAAUGGUCAUCUACCAGCACAACCAGUGAUCCUUACUCGGAGAGCAGAGUCACACACUCAGCACCGCCUAUAAUCAGAGAUCGAUCUAUGUGGGACAAAGAACCUGUUACACGAGACUAUUACGUCAAAACACCUUUGACGAGAACUGAAGCUGUUAAUUGCUGGGUGCCACCGACUGUGGUUAGGAAAGACAUAAGGCAUAGUGAUUCGAAACACCUAAGAAGCUAUCAACCAGUACGUAGGCCGAACAGGGAAAAAUUUCUGCCCGAUGAUCGACCUGAUGCCUAUCCCUACGUGCAAACGCCUAACAAGCUGGAGCAGAUCCUGGGACGACCGGAGGCGCCUGCUAGAAAUACGAGAAAGUCGAAAAGAGGGCACGUUAAGAGUUUGGGAGAGGAGGUUACAGAUAGCCUUAGUUUAGAUAAGAACGUGUUUUUGGGGACCAUAGACGAAUCUAAAGUGCAUCCUGAGUUUAUUAUACAAGAGAGAAAUUCGACAGACGGUGGAACCAAACAAAGCCUAACGCCGAAACGCCAACGCCAAAAUCUGCCGCAACUCGACCUGAGGCGAAGAAACAGCGAUCCGGCUACGAAAAUCGCCGUCAUUUCUGAUCAUCCCGGCGGCCUGGACGCCAGUCCGUCUAUCAAAACGAAUGAUUACAAGUACGACGUGAAUGCCCUCUCUAUCGCCGGUCACUCCUUCAGGAAAAUACCUAGAAUAUCCAAGGAUGAUCUGUGUAUGUUCUGUAACACCGAGCUAGAUGCCUUCUACACACCAGGAUACAAAUGCACGAAUUGCAAGAAACAGUUUCACACUAAGUGUAUUCAAAACAAGGUUUUCGAAAUGCCCUGCGAACGCAACGCCCCCAACGCCGAGAUCCGUUCCGGACGGCGAAAACACCGGAAACACUCCCGGACGCCCUACGAUCUGCGCAAACCAGACGAGAGUAAGUUCAGUCUGACGGGAACGUCCGAGUUUAUGGACAGAACUGAUAAAAUCAUAACCGGAGCCGAAGAACUCACUCUCAUGCAGCAGUUCAUCACCGACAAAAUCAUGAAGAUGGAGUCCGUGGGAGGAAAGAACAGUGACGUCGACAAACUGUUUAAACAGGCUUUAAGGGAGUUCAAGGACAAUCUGGUGCAGAUUUAUAGCAAUGCAACGAAGCAUAAUAGUUUGGAGACGUGCAAUAUUAAGUACAAGGAUCUCAUUCUCGUUUUUAAUCAAGCGAUGCAAACGGUUUGCCAGCGCGAACAAAAAUCCAACGAUGCGGCGGACUUCCCCGUAACGAUGGGCGUCAAUGCGUUCCGAGGCUUCAUGGACGAAUUCAUGUCAUCUCGAGCCGAAGAAAAGCCUUCGAAAUCCAAAAGGAAAAAAGAGAAAAAGCGAAAAUUGGAGAUGCACAAGCACAACGGCCAUACCUUCCUAUUAACCAUCAUCAAUAUUCCUACUGCGUGCGAAAUCUGUAGUUCGUUCUUCAUGUGGCCCAUAGAACGCGGUUUAGUAUGUCAAAGUUGUAAGAUGACGUGCCACAAAAAGUGCUACCUUAACGCGAACCAGUGUCUGAAAGAAGCGGGAUUACAAGGUGAAACGAAGAAGGUUUUCGGAGUGCCUCUGGUUACGUUAGUCACGGAGGAUAGUAAGAUACCUUUGGUUAUCGAGAGAUUGCUUAGUACGAUCGAAUUGCAUGGGUUAUAUGCGGAAGGAAUUUAUAGGAAAUCCGGUGUUAGUUCCAAGAUUAAAGAAUUAAAAAAUAGAAUGGAUGAGAAUCCAGAGGAAGUUGAGUUCGAGAGGUAUCAAGUCCACGUGCUGGCAUCAGUUCUUAAGAGUUUCCUCCGAGAAAUGCCGGAACCGCUUCUGACGUUCGAAUGCUACGAGAAUUUCAUCACCGCAGCCAAUUUGGAUGUGGAAAGUGAUCGGGUGACCACCCUGUACGACAUCUUGAAGAAGCUGCCUCCUCCAAACUACGAUCUGAUGGAAAGGUUGAUGUUCCACUUGGCCAGAGUGGCUCUCCACGAGGAGACGAACAGGAUGAGUGCCGCUUCGUUAGCGAUAGUGUUUGCACCGUGUGUGUUAAGGACUAAUAAAGUGGUUCCUGCGCAAGAGAGUCUCAUCGAUAUCAGCAGUCAGACGCAGUGUAUUGAGACCAUCAUCAGAGUGCAACUGAGGAAAAUAAGAAGCACAUUAGAUGACAUCGAUACUUUAGAUACAGCGUGUCAAGCUGCGACGAAUAGACUCUCUAGCUUAAGAAGUUCCAAAGUAUUCACUCCCGACGAGCUUCUGCCUGCUAAUCAGCCUUCUCAACAGCCUACUGAUGAGGAAGAACACUUAUUGGAGGACCACAUACAGGAAAUCCAAAAAGAAAAGGAACAUCUUACAUCAACUCUUCCAACGCUCACUCACGCCACCUCUGACGAUGACAUGCUGUCAACAGAUGGCGACGGUAGUUUAGACGACCUCACGUGUUUAGCCGACAAACGUCACAAUCAACGGCCGAUCGUGCGCUCGAUCAGCACGGGCCCGAUUCCGAAGCUACGUCGGCAACUUUCGACAGACGCGAAAUGUUCCGAAGACUGUCCAGACGAUCCUAUUAUGGUGUAAAAAGAUUAGGUGUGUCUGUCUGUGGUUUCUGUUGAUUUAGAUUUACUUUUGUACAUAGAUUACCUAAUCGGGACUUUUAAUGUUGGAAUUGGUGAGACCGCAAACGAAAGUAGAUAAAUUGAGGUUAUGUUAGAUUAGAAGAUUGUGAUAGAUAUUACAACGGUGCAUUUUUAGUGUUUUAUAUUGUGAUAUAGGUUUGGAAAGAAACAAUCUCGAAGUUUGUAGAAAAUAAGUUUAUGGUAGGUAUGACAAUCAAUGAUCAACAUCUGCACGUGGAGAAAUAAUUCUAUGAUUAUACAGUGUAGAUUGAAACAUGUAUUUUACAUGAACAUUUUUAUUUUUCAAUGUGUAUUUCAAAACAGAAACACUUGAAAUUUUUACAAUGGAAUGUACAUUUUGUUAGUCCUAAAAGUAAGAAAAUAAAUGUUUUAUUAAUACAAAAAUUGAAAUACAAUAUGUAUUUAGCAUUUUCGUCCAUUAUUCUAAAUUUGAAUUUAUAGUUUGAAAAUUGGCAUUGGCUAGCAAUGUUUUUUUUUUUUCAUGAAAAAGAGGCAUGUAACCUGUAUUAUCAAGCUAUAUUUCCUUGCUACACAUCUGACUACAAGAACUUCUUUUUGUCUUAUUCAUUUUUAUUGAUUAUUCAUCUUUAUAACCAUAGAUGGCCUCUAAAUACAAAUUCAAUCAUAAAAAACAUUUCUCUCCAAAAAUACAUCUUUUAGAUACAGAUGUCCAAAAAUGUGGACAUGUAUUUAUUAAGUUGUGAGAUAAAAAGAGGAAACUAGUAGAGGUGGGAAAUUUAGCGAAAGAAACCUAUAAAUUUACUGUAUAUUGAUUGUUUCGCACCUUUAGACGUGUCAGAGGACUAUGUCAAAUAAAACUGUCACUGUCACAGUGGUAGUUGCCAAACUCGUCUGAUACGUCUAAAGGUGCGAAACAAUCAAUAUAGAGUAAAUUUGUAGGUUUCUAUCGCUAAAUUUCCCACCUCUACUAUUUUCCUCUCUUUUCAUCUCACAACUUAAUAUGACAACGGCACCCGAUUUGGGCGUCGAAACGUUAAUAAAAUUAUUUUUUUCAUUUUAAUUGUGGCUUAUUUCCCAUAUAAAUAAUUAAUCAUAAAAAUGCCACAAGGAAAUAGCUUCAGAACAAAACUUAAUAUGGUUUCCGUCUUUUACGUCAUUUUGUCGGCUAUUAGCGCACUCAUCACUGUGUACUAACAGGUAAUUAUAACGUUCAACAUUGUACAGGUAGUAUUUUACAGUUUUCUUAUAUGUGUACAAAUGUAGACAACUGCUGAUAACCGAUGAAAUUUAAAUUUACACAUCAAAUACUUAGUGCCUCAAUAAAUUUAAUGUGCACACCAGGAGUGAAAGGGUUCAUAUAAAUUGAAUUUUUGAGUUACUGGUUGUCUUCUGGCGGUCUUAUCCAGAUUUUUAAACAGUGGGUGUUGUAUUAUGAGUUUAUUUUUGAUGUAAUCAUUCACCCUGCUCUCCUCUGCUGGAUUAGAAAGUCUCUAAGAAAUUCUGGACAAUAUUAGCAUAAUUCUGUGUUUUUAUAUUUCCAAGAAAGUCUUUAACAAUGUUUUUGAAAGCCAACCAAGCAUUCUUUUCAAUUUCUUUCAACAUUGUUUGGGUAAAAUAUUUUUGUCUUCAAGAAGCUAACGAAUCUGUAUAGGUCAGUGUUGCCAAAACUCUCAGGCACGUGUUGUUAUUAGACUGCCAAUAUACUAUUAAUUGUAAUCAGACGGAGUGGCAUCGGCGCGCUUCUAUCGUCCAUAAGAAAUACGUAUCCCUAUAUAUGCAACGUUCCGUUGUUAACAUAACAAUCUAUAGAUUCUGGGGUAGAGGAAGAACUUGACGUUGUAGAGAAAACAGCUCAAAAAUCAAAGCCAACACAUUUUUUUUUCAAAUUGUUCCCCAGUGUAAUCAAAUGAGAACAGAAUCUACUACAAGGGGACAAGGCUAGAACAAGGUGACUGACCUAUUUAUCAGCUUACAUCUAUAUAACCGAUAAUCAAAUAUGAACAUGAAUGAGACCCUAAUAUCAUAAGUAGUCACAGUUGUAUAGAAAUACUGCUUUCAAAAGUUAUAAAUAACAAAAAACUCAAACAUGAAGUAAAAACCACUUCUAUGCAAUUGGUAUAUUUAUUAAAAAUUUUAAAAAUCCCAAUGGAUUGAAAAAAUGUGUCCAAUUCAGAACGUUUUCGGACCUAUCAGUCCAUCAUCAGUGAAUUCGAAUACUUGCUAAAUAGCCCCAGAACCAAACAAUGGUUGAAAUUAUAAUUCAAUCUACAUUAUGUUGUAGUGAUAUUGAACAGGCUAAACGCCGAUAUUAAAAGAUAUAACCUCCGGGAACAUGGUGAAACUCUCAGAGUUUAUACCUAUAGAUUUUCACCAUGUUCCCUGAGGUUAUAUCUUUUAACAUCGGCGUUUAGCCUGUUCAAUAUCACUACAACAUAAUGUAGAUUGAAUUAUAAUAAUUUCAACCAUUGUUUGGUUCUGGGGCUAUUUAGCAAGUAUUAGAAUUCACUGAUGAUGGACUGAUAGGUCCGAAAACGUUCUGAAUUGGACACAUUUUUUCAAUCCAUUGAGUUCCAAUCCAUGUUUGAGUUUUUUAACUAUGUGGUAUACAGCCAACCUAGGGAACUACCCUUUUUAGUUUAUAAAUAACAAUAUAUGGGGUGACGGUGUAAGGCCAUUACUCCUACAUAACGAAAUAUUAAACCAAUGUACAGGGUAUUGCACGGAACUUGGAAAGAGGAGAUAGUUCCAGUCUAUUGAGUAUAAGUUCUGUACGGAAUAGUCAGAAAGAGUACCUAAUAAGUAGACAGUAUGGUCAAAAAUUAAUAUCUCAAACAUUUUUGAAAUAUAUCUUAAAAAUGCUCAGCAUAAAGUACAUGUUACAAUAUAUAACUUUACCAGCAUGAUCUUAGUUUAUCUGCUUUGUAUGUAGGUUUACUUUGAAAUUUAAAUAAAACGUCAUUCUAAGCAGAUAUCUGUCGUACGUUUUAUUUAAAGUUUGUUGGGAAUCUGGAUUUGCACUUAAAAAGGAUAUAUUAGAUCUUAAACCUGGCUGUAUUCUAAUGUGUGAUACCUAGGUUUCCCUGUUUAAUUUCUCCCCUUGUAUAUUAUAUAUCCGGUUAUUUUCAAGAUUCAAGAACUGUUUGGCCAAGUAGAAAGUUGUAAUAUUCAUUUAUAUUAUGGUUUAUCAAUUUAAACGAUAAAAAAAAUAAAAAAGAUCUAUUUGUAGUGUUUUAAUUAUUUAUUAUUUAAUACUAGAAAUAAAUCUGUAAUUGUUGCAAAUACCCAUCUUCGCCUUAUAUCAUACACAUAAAACAUAAAUAUAUAAAUUCUUCUAUGCCAGUUUUUUCUUAUACCCAUGUAAUCCAAGAUUUUUUUUGAAAUGAUUGUUUUAGUAAGCGUUAAGUUAGAGUUCGAUAUUAGAAUAUUCAUAUUAAUAGUUUAUCUAGUUUUUUCAGAAAUAUUAUAGGCGUAUUCUUUUGAGUACAGCACAGGAUUUUGAAGCACAAAAGUAACGGAAACAAUGUUUUUAUUUAAAGCAUCAUAAUUAUUGACUGUACAAUUUGUAGUGAGUCUUAGUCUGUUACACGAUCAGCUUCCAUUUCUUCCUAUUCUUCUCCUUGGUAUUAGGAAUACUCUCAAGUCUUCUUCCACCUGGUUAAAUCGUGCUCUGGGCCUCUCCUUCUCACUCCAACCGUUCUUUGGUUAAAAUCCAUCUCGUUCAUUUUGUCUACGUGGCCUAGUCUCUGCAGUCUGUUUAUUACGAUGGACGAUGCACCUAAUAAUAUCAGAUUCACUACAAAGGCGGUAGUGUUUAAAAUUAUAGCUCCUGCGCAAUAAUCCGUUUCCUUGCACGGCUUUAUAAAUAUGUCUGAGGAAUUUACAUUCAAAACAGCCUAAGAGUUUUUCAUUGUUUUUUGUCAUGAUCCAUGUUUCUUACGCGUAGUUGAGAACGGGCUUGAUGAUAGAAAUGAGUGCUAUAAACUCUUUCGUCGAAAUAAUGACAUUUCUUAAAACCUACGGAGAGUUUGUUAUGGAUGUGUAAGGAUAACUGCAUUUAAGCAUUUACAUUUAAAGCAGUGUUACUAUCAUCAAUUGAAGACCUUGGGACCAAAAGGAAACAUGCCACCAAACAAUAUUUUGGAGAAAACAUCAUUUUAAACUUAUUUUCAAAUCCUGAAAUCCAAUUUUUAUAUUUUUCUCGGAAGUAAGGCCCAUAAUCGUUUGGAAAUAUGUUAUUAAAUACACAAGAAAAGUAACACAAAUGUUUAUUUAACGGUUUUUGUGUUUUUGAACACUUUUUGAACAAAUAUGAGGUUUAUCCCCUUUUGUAUAAAAAAUGAUAUUCUAAAAAAUGAACAUAAAAUGCAACAAUAAAAUAAUUCAGUUGUCAAUAUUUUCAAUAUCUGAAAAGUCGUCCAAAUUUUCAAUAUAUUCCAGUAGUGGUUCAGUAUAUGGUAGAAUCUAUUGACAAGCACCAUUUUCUGUCUACACUGUUUUGUGCAACCGCAAGGUGCAUCUAAUUUUUGUGGUUCUGUUUUCUUCCCUUUUGUAUUUAUAUAUUCGUAACCUAGAUUUAUUUUAGUCUUGCGCUUAAUUUUUUUAUGUCGUUGGGUAUCAUUGUGUCUCCAUCUAGGAGGCUCCUUCUUUUCUGGAGUUGGCAAAAGACCUCCAGAAGUCUGUGGGGUAUAAACCCAUUCAUUUUUCUACAAUAAAGUAGGUAUUUUACUAAAAAGGGAUAAGCCACAAAAAACCUUCACAACAAUCCUAAUAUUUUUAUGUCCGAAAAAUAUAACAUAAGGGGACAAGCCACA